AUGGACACAUUAUUAUGGUACGCCAUUGCCGAACUACUACUCUCUAUUCACAUUUCCUUCUCCAAUUUGCUGGUAUUAUGGGUUUAUGUCAGGUCAAAACACGUCAGGACGGUUACGAACACGUACAUAUUUUCGUUGGCGCUCACCGAUUUUUUAGCAGGUGCCCUCGGCAUCCCUCUCACAGUGGUCUCCGUGAUGACACGAAAGCCACGUACGUUCUACGGAUGUCUGUUCGUCCAUCUGAUUCUAUGCAUUCUAUGCACAAUAUCCACAUUUCAUAUGCUGGCAAUUGCUAUCGAUAAAUAUGUGACGAUUUGUUGCAGGGAUCGGAUAUUUUCCUCGAGAAGAAAACGAGCUAUCUUCUUGUUGACAUGCUCAUGGAUUCUUGGUCUGCUGGUCGCUAUCCUACCACUGUUCAAUGUGUUUGGGUUCGCUGAAACCCAAUCCCUCUUCAUCAAGAACGGUGAAAUGUGCUACUUCACAAUGGUUGUCGACUACCGAUACCUCGUUUAUGUCAUCUUCUUCUCCACAAUUCUCGCACCAACUGCAAUAAUUGUACUACUGUAUUCAAGUAUCUACAGUAGGAUACGGACCGAGGAGAAACAGGUGAAAUGUCUGUUGAGACAAUCAGAGCGUGAACGGAGGAUGGCUGGAAGGAGAAAGUUGAUUCGGAUAUUGUUGAUUUUGGUGGUUUCUUAUGGGAUUUGUUGGUACCCCCUUUAUAUCAUCAACACCAUCGACUACUUCUGGCCCCAAUUUUCAAUCAACAGUUUGACACUAUGGACUGUUAUCAUGUCCCAUAUGUCGUGUGCAUUGAACCCACUUAUAUAUGCAUACGGAAUGCCUGGUUUUAAGAAGGCUCUCCGCGCAUUCUUCAACAUCCAAACCGACAAUAACACUUGUGCUAAUUACUCUUGCUAUAUGAGAUCAACUGGCAACCAGAAACAACGAAGUAUCAGUGUCAGAGGAAUGCCCUAUGAACACUCGCUAGCUGCAAUUCGAAAAAUUUCUGCGCCAACGCCGACAAUGCUUGAUAGACAUCGAUCGAGACGACGUCAGACUGUGGAUCAUAUUGAUCUGUAA